UUUCACGAGCGAACAACAACAACAUCGCGAGAACAAAUGGCAAAACGGAAGCGAAAAACCCUAAAUACUGAAUCGACAGAUGAUUGUCUGAAGAAGGCAGCUGAUGAUAGCUUGAAGAAAAAAAGGCAGAACACUAAAGUUUUAAAGCAGAAGGGUGGUCAAUUAAAUCGUUCUGAGUACUUCAAUGAAAAAAUGACACAGGAUCGGAAAAAUGUACAAAAAUCUGAAACAAGUAUUUCAAAGAAGUUAAGAAAAUUUUCAUCUGAAAUGAAAAAAGCUGAUAAUGAGUCUGCAGAUGAAAAAAUAUGGGAUGAUUCAGAAUUACAAGCAGGCAAAGACACAGAAAAGAAAGACAUAGAAGUAAAGAGAAGGGGUAAGCACAAACGCAGCAAUAUGGGUAAUGAAGCUGAAGCUGAAAUUAAACCCAAAAAAUCAAGAAAGGCCAAAGAACCCAAAUGUAUCACUAAUCCUCAAAAUGUACCCAAAUCUCGUGGUAAAAGAAAAUUAGAUAGUGCAAAAUCAUCAAAUGAAAAGAAUGACCCAUCUGAAACUACAGUUGAUUUUUCAAAGGAACAAGAAGUAUCUUUAAUUAACAAAGCAUCAGAAUCAUGCAAGAAUAAAGCAAACAAUAUCUUUAAUAAAAACAGAUAUAGUGAAGUGGAUCCUGAAGGAAAUUGUAUUGAUCACAGUGCUGAAGAAGAUAUCGAAAGCGAUGAUGACUUUGAUGAAGUUGAUGACAAUAUGCAUAACCCACGCAAUUUAGACCAGAAAAUAAGUCCCAAAUUUAAUCGUGCCUUACCCAAGACUGUUGACCACAUGGACGCCAUGGCAGUCUUGCUGCAUAUGGAAGGCAUGGGGGAUAGCAAGCCAUCCACGUCCAGAAACUCCAGCGGGGCCAGUGAUGAUGAUGAACUUGACGAGGACGAGAGUGAGGCUGAGUGGGAAGAUGUUCAGGAUAUGCAUUCUGGCAGCCCAAAGAAGUCCCAAGCUCAAUCUGGCUCAGUGGAAAUAACCUUGGAGGCACCUGUCCUGUACAAGAAAAAGAAGAAGAAGGGCUUCGAUCUAGAAAGCUACUUCAAAAGGCAGAUAAAUAAAUUCAAGCGGGAAGUGGCCAUGGAUACUCAUAAGGUACUAUAA